UCAACACAAAUAAAGUUGUCACAUAAGUGAAAAUAAUUAGUUACUAGCUAGCAAAAUUCACUUAAUUGAGAUCUAGUGUUAUACUUUUAGAACUAUGGAAGCUUAUUCAAGCUCUUAUCCUACAUCUAAUAAAUCUCAUAAUAAUUCAGUGCUCCAUUCAGUGAGGAAGUCACAAUCAAAACCAUGGAAAAAAGCUUCAGUAGCACCACAACCAUCAACAGCAAUCAGAGUUUAUGAGGUGGAUGUAAUGAAUUUCCGAGAGGUUGUUCAGCAACUAACCGGUGCACCUGAAUUCAAGCCUCAGAUUCAUCAUCAAAUUGUUCAAAAUGUUGCAACACCUUCAGUAGUUACAACUAAUUGGUACAAAGAAGUUCAAUCUCAGGAGAGUAGUGGUAGGACAAAAAACCAACCAGGUUUGUUGGAAUUGAAUUUAUCUUCAACAUCUUGGUGCUCUUCCCUCUCAUGAAGCUAGGAACAGAGCAGUGACCGAUUGAGAAAGGUUCUGGCUCGGUCUUUCAAAAUGUUUUAUUUGCCUUAGUUUUUUGCCACUUUAAUAACAUGGAUGUUGCAAGUUAUAUUACACUUUUAGUACAUGUUAUAUAUGCUUGUUGGAUUGGAUAAAGACAUGCAAGUAUAUAAAGUAAGAGAUGAAAUUAAGUUAAUUUGAUAAAUGCUUAAUUAAAAGCUCGUUAAUUAACAGAACUCGUGUCAUUGCUAUACUUCAAUCACAUAUUCACAUUUUGGAUCGAUUAUAACAUUAUGUCAACCUAUAAAUUUAUGGUUGAUGUAGAAUGCUGUUUUUUUUUUUUGACAAUGUAUGCUAGUCCAAAUUCAAGCAAACUUGUUCCCAUUUACAUUAUA